UCAGCUGCUUUCAAAAAACGUGCAUAUCCCUUGACAGUUCAUUUUUAUUUUUGUUGAUAAAAAAGAAGUUUACUUAAAAUUCUAUUUUAUAAUAAAUUUUAUUAAAAUUAUAAUGGAUAAAUUAUUAGAUAAAACCUCACCACCCGCCCAUCAUAGUAUAAAAGAAAAUUCUGCCGAAAUAAUAUCUGGCGGUCAAGUUUUCUACAAUCCUGUCCAAGAAUUCAAUCGUGAUUUGAGUGUUUCAGUUCUAAAUGUUUACUUUAAAAGAAUACAAAAAGAACGAUUAGAACAAGCAUUAAAGAAAAAUAAGAAAAACAAUGAAAGUUAUGAAGUCGGUGAGGAGAAGGUCUAUAUUCCAGGACAAAAGUAUGAGGAUGGCAUGCGAAUACUCGAAGCCUUAUCGGCAACUGGUCUGCGAAGUAUUCGAUAUGCUAAAGAAAUUGCAGGAGUUCGAGAAAUCAUUGCGAAUGAUUUAUCACAAAAGGCUGUUGAAUCCAUCAAAGAAAAUAUUAAACAUAAUAAUGUUGAACAUUUAAUCACUCCAAGUCAUGCAAAUGCAAUGACUUUGAUGUAUCUUUCUACGGAAUAUGAUAAACGUUUUGAUGCUAUUGAUUUGGAUCCUUAUGGUUGUCCGAAUAUGUUUCUUGAUGGUGCAAUACAGAGCAUUCGUGCUGGUGGUUUAUUGUUGGUAACAGCAACUGAUAUGGCAGUUCUGGCUGGCAAUACACCGGAAGCAUGUUUUGUUAAAUACGGAUCGGUUCCUUUAAGAAAUAAAUCAUGUCAUGAAAUGGCGCUUCGAAUACUUCUAAGAGCCAUUGAAGGACACGCAAAUCGUUAUGGUAAAUACAUUGAACCUUUGCUAUGUGCCUCAGCUGAUUUCUACAUUCGAAUAUUUGUACGAGUUCAUGUUAGCCAAGCAACUUGUAAAUACAGUAUAUGCAAACAAUCUAUGAUAUAUCAGUGUACAGGUUGCGACACACUAACACUACAACCCUUGGGAGUAGCCAAGCCAAAUCCCAGUGAAAAUGCUCCUGAUCGAGUUAAAUUUGGUCUACCCACUGGACCUCAAGUUGGACAAAAUUGCUCACAUUGUGGGCAUAAGCAUCAUUUAGGUGGUCCCAUAUGGUCGGCUCCAAUACAUGACAAAUCAUUUGUUCGUGAUCUAUUAGAUGAAAUUCAAAAAGAACCACUUAGUGAAUUGGGUACAAAUCGCCGUUUAGUAGGAAUGUUGAGUGUUAUUGAAGAGGAACUCGAUGAUGUGCCACUCUAUUAUUCCCUUGACAAACUUUGCUGUGUUGUCAAACUGGAAAUUAUGCCAAUUCUUAAAUUCCGUUCAGCCCUAUUGCACGCCGGCUACAAAGUAUCAUUCUCACAUGCCUGUAAGAGUUCAAUAAAAACCAACGCCCCACCAUCUGUUGUUUGGGAUAUUUUACGAUGUUGGAACGCUACUAACCCUGUUAAGAAAGAACGCAUGCUCGAUGGGACUCCAGUGAAGGAAAUUCUUGGAAUUCCUCCCAAGAUACAGUACGAAUUGAACGACAUCCAUCCGGAUGCCAAUCCAGAUAGUAGAAAAAAUGCUCUAUCAAGAUUCCCGGGAAAUCCCACAGCACAUUGGGGUCCUGGAACUAGAGCUACAAUUAUGAUCGGUGAAGAUAAGAUUUUAAAGAGUUUUAAAAAUCAAAAUAAAAAUAAGAAACAAAAGUCAACUAGUUCACCAAUGGAAGAAGGUGAAGAACAACAAAGAAAACAUUUAAAACUGGAAGAAGAACCUUCUUCAUAAAGUGUCUAUAUUUUGUAUUUGAUAUUUUUUACAAAUAAACAAAUUUAUUCGAUGUUGAA